AUGUCUUCUGAGAGUGGAAGUGAGCGCAGUGGGCGUCUCAAUGCUGGAUUGUCCGGAUUCGCGGCCGGAGGACCCGUCGAUGGCGAGGUGAAAGCAGAGAACAAGAGCACCUUGGAUAAAAAGGCAGUUCUUGCCAUCGACGAGGUCGUGAAGCGUGAGAGAUUUAUCACCAGAAACAACGUGGUUAUUGCGCAGUGGAUUAAGGACAAUGCGAAGAAGCCCGUCAAGUCGGCUUUCGGUGAUGAUAUUGCCUAUUAUGGUCUCUAUGCGGUUCAUACCACUUAUGUCACCUCUCAAUGUGCAAUCAUGACUACCGACAAGAGUCGUAACCUUGACCUUGGACUGGACGUGGGAGCGACUGGGAUUGCUAAGCUGGGAGUUGGUGGAUCAUCCCUCCAGAAGCUCAAGAGUGAAGGAUGGGCGACAUAUGAAUCCAAAGAGGUAAUUUCAACCAAAGCGUUGGGUUUCGAGAUCGCAUCACUGAUAUUGUCUAACCAAAAUGAAGGCUCUAUCGGAAGUCAAGGCCGGGAGACCACUGAACUUCGCGCUAUUUAUGACGAAAACGGAAAUAUCACACAGUACGAGGAAGUUAAGGUGGAGGCCCCGAAGGAAGAGGAGUCAUUCUUGAUAGCGAACCGGUUGGGAUGA